AUGCGUACCUACGACGACAGUUUUUCCGGCCAGAAGAUCUACCCUGGAAAGGGUAAGCUGUACAUCCGUGGUGACAGCAAGAUCUUCCGCUUCCAGAACGGAAAGUCGGAGUCCCUUUUCCUCCAGCGCAAGAACCCUCGCCGGAUAUCAUGGACCGUCCUUUACCGUCGCCAGCACCGCAAGGGUAUCUCUGAGGAAGUCGCCAAGAAGCGCACUCGCCGUGUCGUCAAGGCCCAGCGUGCUGUCGUUGGUGCUUCGCUCGAUGUGAUCAAGGAGCGACGAGGCCAGCGCCCCGAGGCUCGUGCCGCCGCCCGCCAACAGGCCAUCAAGGACGCCAAGGAGAAGAAGGCCGCUACUGAGAGCAAGAAGAAGGCAGAGAAGGCCAAGAGCGCCGCCAGCGCCUCCGCCGGCAAGGCCCAGCGCAUCCAGAGCAAGCAGGGUGCCAAGGGUGCUGCCCCCAAGCCCGCCGCCCGAACUCGUUAA